UAGUUCUACGUCACCGGCGCUCUCGCGCUUCGAGCCUUGUCGAGUCUUCUUGGGCUUCGUUCCUCAUCUGACGCGUCGCAGUGAGCAGUCCGCAGCAGCCGUUCACCUCUCCGAGGCCGGAUGGUAAAAUCCAACCUCCAGCGGAUCCUCAACAGUCACUGCUUUGCUCGCGAAAAAGAAGGAAAACAACUGUGUCCCACCGCCAUGGCUGCUUUUAGUAGUAGUAUUUGUGAUAUGAUUGGCAAUCUCUCCCUUCACUGUAGCAGUACCCGUGAUCCGGGGCCUCUGUGGUGCUCCGAUGCCCCUCUCCCACCCCUGAAGAUCCCAGGUGGGCGAGGGAAUGGUCAACGGGAUCACACUCCUUCAGCUCGGCUGUUGUACUCAAACAAGAAGCUCACAGUGACAGAAGAACCACCGGGGAAUGGGCGUCCCAGAAUUCUCCACUUCCAGAGUCACCCCACAGUUUCCAGGUUCAUACAGUGGGAUGCUGUGGUCAGUGGUGACAACUUGUAUGUUGAGAUUCCCCAAGACAUCCUGCCUGAGGGCUGCAAGGAGAGUUUUGCAGCCCUCUUAGAAUAUGCUGAAGAACAUCUAAAAGUUGUCACCGUUUUCAUCUGCUUUUACAAGAACAGAGAUGACAGAGCUAAAUUAGUGCGCACGUUCAGCUUUCUGGGCUUUGAGAUUGUGAAACCAGGCCAUGCCCUUGUCCCACCUCGACCUGAUGUAUUCUUCAUGGCCUACAACUUUGACAGGGAUUCCUCUGAUGAAGACUAGUCCUCUCUGCUACCCCACCUACCACCCCAUCUGCUGUGACUCAAGUGCUUACAGCCUCCUGUGAUUAUAUGUUCCAACAAUGCGCAUAGUCUUAGAUUUGUAUUACAAGUUUUUUUUGUUUUUUUUUUGUUUUUUUUUCCCCUGUGACUUUUAUUUUUGCUGUAGUUAAAUUCAACUGGUAUUUUUUUUUUUCAGUGCUUACGAGGGAAACAUUUUAGGGAUAUCAGUAAAGAACGGGGUAUAAAGUCAUAAUCAUUGCAGUUUUCAUUAGAAUUGAUGAUUCCCCCCCCCCCCCCCCCCCCCCCCCCAGUACAACUGAAAAAUACAUUUAUGGAAUGUAGAUAAAGAUCAAGGGGUUUACAUUAUGCUAUUCUGUCUCUUUAAUUACUGGUGACUAUAACAGAAAAUGACAGUUCUAUUUAAACUAUAUGCAAGGAAGUUAUUUAAAAAGUUUAGUGUGAUAUCAGCCAAUGGCUUUAGUGCUUAAAGUCACAUCCUGUGUGUGGCCUUAAUAUUGGGUACUUGAUAUCUGGAGUUCUCCAAAGAGACUAGAAAAGUAGAGUGGAAACACCUGAGAAUGAUUGCAGACUUAUGUGAUUUGUCAUCAAAUGUUUGUGGGUUUUUUUUUUUUUUUUUUUUUAAUGCAAGGCUUUACAAAUGCAGAAUUUUGGAUGUUUUUAUUUCCUGUUGUGCACACUUUCUAGUAUUGCAAUUUUUAGGAAACUUGCUGUCUCCUGAUUAGAUUUUGGUCAAGCAUUCCUUACAACUUUACUGUUUUGUCUUAUAGUUUUGAAGAUUGGUGUACACCUGCAUAGUGGUACCUUAUUGUGUGUCUGUGAUAAUAAAAAAAAAUUAAAAAAUCA